AUGGCGGCCACAAGCAGAGGCGGACAGGCAGUUUCUGCCCUGUUCCACGCACAAUCCCGAACGGCCAGCUGCGCUCGCUGUGCACAAACCCGUAGCAGUCCGUUCUUCUUCAGCUGGCCGGCCACAUCACGGCGGUUGUACUCGGCAGCCGCCGCAACAGAAGCGGAGCCGUCCCCAUCACCACCCUCCACAGCUGCCGCAGUCGCGUCAAGAGAGGAACCCGUGGCAGUCUCGCACCCGGGCUUUCGCAUACGGGCUGGGCUGCUGCUCAGCCGGCCGCCACUGCUGACCCGCGAGCCGACCGCGUUCGAGUCGGCCUUUUACCUCUAUCAGAAGCGCCUCAACGAGCGGCUCAGCGGCUCCUUCCGGAAGAACGUCUACUUCAAGCCUGACACUACCCCGGCUCUCGACUGGCGUCUACAGCUGCGCGAUCGACGCGGAACUCCUGCCCGCGAUAUUGGCAGCUACGAGGGUGGCAAGGGUGGCCACGGCCGUGGAGGCGCCCGCGCCUGGGACGAUGAGCUCACGCUGGACGACCCCCUCGCCACCGAGCUCACCCAGCCCGAUCGCUUGCGUGAGCGCAUCAUCUCGGAUGCUGAUCUGCGCGUCAGCGAGGACGGCGAACGCCUCAGCGAGGCAGACCGUGUCCGCGUCGAGCGGCCGCAGCCUCGCACCACCGCUGCCGACGGCGAUCUCACCACCGGAGAAGGCGCCAAUCCUCGUCGUCUUGACCGUCGCCUGGACCGGACCCUGUACCUCGUCGUUCGUGGCGCCGACGGCACCUGGGGCUUUCCCACGGCUGAUGUGCAGACCAACGAGAACUUGCACGAGACGGCUGCUCGGGCACUGGAAUCCGCUGCUGGUGUUGACAUGAACACCUGGAUUGUCGGCCGCGUGCCUAUUGCCCAUAUUGUCCAGUCCACAGAUGCCACUGAUGGCGAGAAGACCUUCUUCCUCAAGGGCCGCAUCAUGGCCGGUCAGGCUAAUCUAGAGGGCAACACCUCUGGCCUCACCGACUUCAAAUGGCUGACCAAAGAAGAGCUCGCCAAAGAGCUCCCAUGGUAUUACUAUUCGGGCGUGAAACACGCAAUGCCAGAGAGGUGA